CUUUAAAUAACUUGCUACCACGAUCCAAAAACAUCAUGGGCUGGCAAAAGACAUUCACGUUAUCGCGUCGCUCCAAGGGCUGCCAUCUGAUAACUGACGAGGUUCGGUCAAACAUCAAAGAAGGACUGGAAGGAAUUUCGGUCGGAAUGCUAUUUCUCUUCGUAAAUCACACGUCUUGUGCUUUGACUCUAAAUGAGAAUUGGGAUAAGGAUGUAAGGAGAGAUAUGGACAUGGCUUUGGAUCAUAUCGUUCCUGAGAGUCUCAACUGGUUGCACACAGAUGAAGGUCCUGAUGAUUCCGUAUCUCAUACGAAAGCCGCCAUAGUUGGGCCUACUGUCUCCAUACCAAUUACCAACGGUCAGCUGAACCUUGGAACUUGGCAAGGCAUCUACUUGACUGAAUUUCGGCACCUCGCCCACACCCGGCAAGUGGUAGCAACGAUACUAUCUUGAUCCGAUUGCGUUGUCGUUUGGCAAUACUGCUAGUAUGGGAAAGCGUAGAAUUUUCUGUUUUCAACCUGUAUCUCCACCCAACGUUGCGAUCCAUCAGACAUCGUGGAUAUG